UGGGGCUGGUUGCCAAGGUGCCAAGGCCUCAGGUAGCAGCUAUCUUGGGUUGCGGAUCCGGAAGCAGGAAGUAGCCUGUGUUCUCGGGACCUGGCAACUGGCUGACUGGGGGAGCCUGGAGGCUGAAGGCUGGAGCUGAGAUGGCCUUGGCAGAAGACCUGGAGAAGGAGCUGGAGACCACGGCCCAGGAAGUGCUGGGGAAACUGAGGAGCGGUCAGCUGUUCCAGUCCAGGUGGGACACUGCUGCCUUCAUCAUCUUUCUCAUCUUCCUUGGCACUGUGUUGCUGCUGCUGCUGCUUGUUUGCACCCACUGCUGCUGCUAUAGCUGCUGCAGCCGCCGCACCUCCAGAUCCCAGAAGGUGAGCCCCGAUCAGGAACACCGCAGGGGUGUGGAUAACUUGGCCCUGGAACCUUAACACACCGAGCCCCCCCAGCCCCUCUGCCCAUGUGUCCUGCUGGGCAACAGGAACAAUGCCUUGUUUGUCCAGAA